UCGGAAACUUUUACACAAGAGAGACAUGAAUUUACCUUUCCACUCCACGCUUUGGAAUACAAUCAAUCUUCUCCAAAAGUGAGUUUUUCCCUUCUUCAUUCGAGUGUGGCAGGCAUCUUAAAGGCACUGAACGUAUUCUAAAAUCCCGAGAAAAUGUGUCAAUUCACUGAAAUUAAAUACUCUCCGUAAGAGACGAGUUGAGAAAGACACCACAAAAGAGAUUAGGUGCCGAGACGACGAUUCCAGUUCAUCGAGUGAAGAGACAGAAACUAGGAAGCGCCAGAAAAAGAAUGCUCACAAUCUGAUUGAGAAGCGUCGUCGAAUCCAAAUAAAUGAUCGCAUUAAUGAGCUUGCAACUCUCUUGCCGAGAAACACCGAACCAUUCGGCGAGUUAAUUGAUAUGCACUGUUCAGAUAAGAAUGGGAUAUUGAAAUCAACAGUGGAAUAUAUUAAAUGUCUCAAGCGCGAAGUGGAAAAGCUUCAGGAUGAGGCGAAACAAUUCCGGGAUUUGGAGAAGAUAAAUCGUGAUCUGGGAAAUCGUAUCAAGGAACUGGAAAUGAUGCCAAAUCUAUUAAAUUGUGAUUUUGAUUUGGCCAAUAUUUGCCUUGAUGGAAUCUUCGAUGACUGUCUACAAACUGAGGAUCCAAGCCAUGUAAACAGCAACCCUUCAUCAUUCAUGAGUCAGCAAGAGGGCUCAACUGGAGAGAAUUACACCUUCCCAGAGUUCAUGCAAAGUCCAUCAUUCAUUCAAUCAAAUCCCACCAAUUUGUCGGUCCGACAUCCGUCUUUUGCAAUCUUGAAUUCUGCUACAAACGUUUUUGAUCCGGAACUGUUCAUCGACCAAUCCAGCGAUUCAAGGAAUAUUGAAUAAAACAUCAGAGAAUGUGACAUAUUAAAUGGUGUGUCAUCAUGUACAUAACAGUCUCAAGUUGACAUAAAGUAUUGGAAAUUAAAUUAAUAAUGAGGAGAAAAAUAUCCGUACUAGUGUAUAAAGAAGUGUAAUUUAUAACAUAAAUCACUAUUUUGUCACUUCGAUCUUAUUCAGUUGAGUCUGCAUUACUCACAACUGUAAUAAGUUGACAUUGAAAAUAAUGAGGAAUUAUAGAAAGUAAAUUCAAUUGAGUUCAUCAUGUAUUAAUGUGGGAUGAUGAAGUGAAAAGUUAAAUAAACUAAAACUUUGAAUUUUAUUGCGUUAAAUGGAAUAACAUUUUAUGAAAAUUUGCAUUGUGCAUAAAUUUGAAUAUAACAUGCAAACAUUGUAAAAAAUCGCUCAUUUCUGAUGAAAUAUAUUAAAUUGAGGAAUUC